AUAGAAGCUCCUAGUCUGCUAGCCGAAGCUCGCGGCUAAAGCUGAAACGCGCGCGGUACCGUUCUAGCCGCGCAAGGCAGACAAACGGCGUAUGUUCGACAAUGCCCCCAAUGGUGUGCUUGCGCGAAUGCGGACGAUGAUGCUGAUGUAGAUAUUGCUGCUACCGAUGUUGCGUACCGAGCUCGAACGGCAUCCAUCGCCGUCAACGCAAAGAAAGCUCGUGCGCGCGCGUAUCCACGUGUGUCUGUCUUUGCCUUUUCCGAUCCUCUCUCCCUCCCCCCUCUCUCUCUCUCUCUCUCUUACUCUCUCUUUGUGCGUGCGCGAUGUGUAUAUGUGUAUUGCAUACUCAUGUGUAUACAUAGAGUUCGGCAUCGCUCUGCUUUUCUCUUCGUCUUACGUCCACUUUGCAAUCCGUUCAAGAUAAACUCAGUGUUCGCCGAGAUUUCGCCGUGAGACCAGUCUUGUGUCAUCUUAGUCAUCGACCGAUCUACCAUAGAUAGAUCUCGUGGAUGACUCAUCAAAGAAUUUUAUCGGGUCCUCGUUUUACAAAGGAAACGUCAAAUUGAAAGAGAAAAGUUUUCGAAAAUAAAAGAAAGUUAUGAGAGAUUGAGUGAUAAAAAAAAUACAAACGUGAUAAAGAUAGAGAAGCAAGUAAAAAAGAGGAGAGAGAGAGAGAGAGAGAGAGAGAAAGCGAGAGAGAAGAGAGAAAGAGAAGCACAUUCCGAGCGGAUCACGGAUGCUUAUAGAAGCGUUGCGUAACAGCGUCAGACGAAUAACGAAAACGCGACUCCGUUGAGCUCGUCUAAUUUCGACAGUUUCAACAGAAAACGCAAUCUGGUUCGCAAUUUACAACGAAUCUUCUCACUUCAGAGCAACAUCUUUCAACGGUCAUCGUAGAGCUUCAAAGUUCUAGAAUGUCGUAUGCGAGAUGCUGGAUGCGCGAUUUUUCGGGGACCCUCAGCGAGACUCGAUUCCGUUGAUCUAUAAUCGCAGACGACCGCGACCUCACGUAGACCUAGCGAAGGCGGACGUGAAGAGGCAGCAGCGAAAAGAAUGGAACGAUAUCCGAAACGAGGGACUCGCAGACAUUGCUGACUAUGCUCUGUCCGAGAGCACGAUUAAGACGACUGCAAUAGCGAUCGUAAUCAAGACGAAGACGAAAGAGAGGUAGACGAACGUCGAAGAGACCCGGGUAGGGAGACUAGGAAAUCGAACGACCAGUGCCCGCGAUAGCCGCGAGAGAUGCAGCAACAAUCCGGCCAGCAAUCGUCCGGGGCGCCAAAUGGGGUCGCGGGGGGCGCUCAAUUGUCGCAAACAGGUGGCAUAAGCCCGGCGCAACCUGGCGCGACCGGUACCGCCACCGUGCCGUCGAAUCGUACGCAGAUUAACGGAGGUAGAUUCGACUUUGACGACGGCGGGACCUAUUGCGGCGGUUGGGAGGACGGAAAGGCCCACGGCCACGGCGUAUGCACCGGACCGAAAGGUCAGGGCGCCUACUCCGGUAGCUGGCAUUUCGGCUUUGAAGUAUCCGGUGUUUACACUUGGCCUAGCGGGUCAGCUUACGAAGGACAAUGGCAAAAUGGCAAGAGACAUGGCUUGGGUAUGGAGACUCGUGGACGUUGGCUCUAUCGAGGAGAAUGGACUCAGGGAUUCAAGGGUCGUUACGGAGUUCGACAAUCUACUACAUCCACGGCGAGAUACGAAGGCACGUGGUCCAGCGGUCUACAAGACGGUUACGGCUCCGAGACUUACGCCGACAGCGGUACUUAUCAAGGUCAAUGGCUUCGCGGCAUGCGGCACGGAUACGGAGUAAGGGCAAGCGCGCCGUUCGGUUUGGCGAGUCACUACAAACCACCGAAACAAAUUAGGGCAUCCUUGACGUCGUUGAGGAGCGCCGACGGUGGACCGCUGGUCGCUCCGACGCCAGAACCCACCGACAAAAGGGACCGUCGUGUAGAUGACAGUCGAGGAGGAUUCGUUCUAAAGGCCAGAAGCGACGAUCCACCCGCCCGAAGAAAGAGCCUUACCGAGAAAUCUUUGAAGAAGGGCAUUCUUUCAGGUCUCAAAAUACGAAAGCAAAGAAGUACGGGGGAUUUGGAGAAGCGUGGUACCGGUGGCAGCAUUAGGAGUAACGCCAGCUCCGCGUCAUGGAUGUCGACGGAGAGCUCGCAAAGUCAAGCAUCGGCGUCGGUUCACACCGACAGUAAUGCGUCCUUUGUCAUCGAGGACGAGCAGAUGGACGCAUCGGUAACAGAGACGUACUUGGGCGAGUGGAAAAACGAUAAAAGGACCGGCUUUGGCAUAUCCGAAAGAAGCGACGGUCUGCGAUAUGAGGGCGAAUGGUUCAACAAUCGCAAGUACGGUUACGGCGUGACGACAUUUCGCGACGGUAGUAAAGAGGAGGGAAAGUACAAAAACAAUGUGCUCAUCACUAGCCAAAAGAAGAAGCAUCUCUUCUUAAUCAGAUCCGCUAAAUUUCGCGAGAGGAUAGAGGCGGCGGUAAGCGCCGCUCAGAGAGCGAGCAAGAUCGCCUUGCAGAAAGCCGACAUUGCCAUCUCCAGAACGGCAACGGCACGAGGAAAGGCGGAAUUGGCCGACAUAGCCGCCGAACACGCCAGGGAGGAUUCAGAGUUAGCCCAGCAAACGGCGAGACAGUUUGCGCCGGAUUUCCGGCAACCGGGUUUGGAAAGGUUGCGAAAUCGAGAGAUACCCAAGUACAUGCCCCCGCCUCAGGACUCCGUGCCUGGUAAAAGCAUCCUGCAUAAGGCAGCCAGCGUGGAUCAGCCCGGCGCUACGCCGAUUAAGACCGUUGACUCUAUAACGACGGCGAUGACGACGACAAUCGCGACAACGACAACGACGACGACGACGACGACGGCGACGGCGACGAUGAUGAUGGGAACGGCGAUGGGGAUGGGGGUGGCGGCGGCGGCGGCGGCGGCGGCGAUACCGACCGCAGCGAACAUUACCAUCGGCAGUGUAAUGCAGUCGAUACGUAGAGCCAGCAUGAAAUCGCUACCGCAGAAUCAAAUGCCGCCGGUGCAAAAUCAAAUACCGAAUCAAGUAUCACCCGUUUCAUCGAUGAAUCAAUCAUCUAUGAACCAGUUCAGCGCGCAAACUUCUCCGACUGAUCAGAAUCCGUAUCAACAGUACUCUCAAAAUGUGUCGCAGAAUCCAGCUCCAACGAGCCAGUAUCCAAACAGUAUACCGAACCAAUAUCAGCCGAAUCAGUAUAGCCAGCAAAAUCAAUUUCUUCACGGCAGUCCGUACCAAUCGCAAUAUCAUCCGCAGGCUAAUCCAUUGCAGAUCGAUCAAUAUUCCAGUUAUCAGCAGCAGCAACAACACCAACAACAAUCUAUCGGGCCGCAAAGCUUUCAAAAUUUGCAGGCUUACCCUAAUCAACAGACGACAGUACCUUACCAAUAUGGGCCUGGUCAGGUGAAUCAAUAUAAUUCGCAGCCGGCAUACAUGCAGCAACAAACGCAUUCAUCGCAAUAUCAGCCUGAUGGAAUCGGAGAUGCGGCGAGACCAUCGAGCUCUACAAGUUUAAGAAGAAACAGUCGAGUUCUGAGUCCUCAGGAUCGACCCGGUACCAUUGGUCAAACAUUAAACGAUAGACUGGAUCAUUAUAAAAGGCCACCUAGUCGCGAUAGUUCUGUAGAUCGUUUCGCCAGAGCGCAUUCCCGGUUGAUUGGAUCGAGACAGCCAUCCGUCGAUAAAACUAUAUCCAAUCUACCCUCGGAUAUCCCCGAUAGAUCGACGAGAGCUCCGAGUGUGAUUCGAGCGGGUACACCUCUAAACGGUUCUGUAAUAGGCAGCGGCGCUGCGACGCCAACGUACGCAGCACCGACUCCCAACCAAUUUGAAGGGGCUUUUAUAAAAAAUCGUAAUCUUGGACAAGACAUUUUGCCGAGUCCUGGACAACCUAAACGCACCGAAAGUCUCUAUGUGGCUCCGACUCGUGGACCGUCCGGGAGCGGGGGUGGUGGUGGUGGUGGUGGCGGCGGCGGCGGCGGCGGCGGCGGCGGCGGCGGCGGCGGCAUUGUGCCGAAGAACAACUUGAAGAUACCUGCUUACUGUGAGAAAGCAAACAUGUUUUGGAUCGAGUCUGAUGAAGAGGAAGAGGCGUUGCUAUGCAGUCCUGCUUUGAUGGCUCGACGAGCCUCAGAGUCUUGGAUCGUUGCACCUCCCGUAGAGGCGAUGCCGACAACGGCAAUGCCCCUUCAACGAAAAAAGUCACUGCCGGACGUGGCGCAGCCGAUUCAGCUCACAGCUACGGCACCAUUGUCGAGGGAAGAAGUUAGUAUCUUGAGCAGUUUGAGGAGAGAGGAGAUCCGCAGGCAGAUCGACGAAAGUGAGAGGCUCAGAGCCAAUCCGCUUUUAUAUCUAGUCAGUCCUCAGGUUAAAGACUGGUUCUCUCGACAACAACUCGUGAUGCUGGUGCUCUUUAUCAACAUAUCCUUAGCCUUGAUGUUCUUCAAAUUGCUGACGUAGCAGCCAGCCGAUGAUCGGGUUCACGGAUUCGUGGUGGACGUGACCUGAAACCCGACGUCGCGACGUCUUGGAUCGUUACCGAGUCAAAAUUUCGACAGAGGACGAAACGUAAAACGUAGGGUAUGGCCGCACCAAGAAUCGCUGGAAAACGACUUUCGUGAGCGAUUUACUCGGUUGUUUGCGCGUCGCGAGCAUUUUGCGAAAAGAAAGAAAUUUGAAUCGAUACGAACGGCAAACUCACAGAGAAUCACACUUUAGCGAGGAUUUUUAAAGAGGAUCGUGAUUUAAAUUUCAAACGAUUGCUAAUUAAACGAAAAACAAAGAGAGCAACGAGAGCAUCCUUCUGAGAUAUAUCGUGUGAAACUACGAUAUAGAUUCAUCUUCAAAUAUUGUAAGAUAAAAAGGGCUUAAGCGCGUCGAGAAAAAAAGGGAGUAAAGAGCAAGAGUAGUUUAAGGAGAGUCGGUUUAAAUGGUAGUGCACUUUCGAGAAAUAACACAAUGUAGUAAAUAAUACAAUGGGGACAUAAAAUUUAAUGUUCCGCCUAUGAUAAAGCUUUUUUUCGAUUUGAAAAUUUGACGCACAAGUCCUUUUUAGUCGACACGAUGCUCGGAGAAAGGGAAAAUUUUUACGAAAAACGAAGCGCGGUUUGUUACAGUCUCCGCGGGAAGGAGAUACACACAAGACAACAACAAGAAUUAUCCUUUGAAAAUUGAUUGCGCAAAUCCCGCGCAUCAUCCCGCAACGCCCGUGUAUUAUUAUACAUACUCUAUAUUUUUACACCAAAUAUUUUAAUAACAUUGUACUACUUGUUAAGGAAAGAUCGACUCCGACUUUGGACGGAUCGAUGCGAUAUACGCAAAUCCUUCAAAAUUUUUUCCGACGAUCGACUCGAGCGCAGUAAUAGCGACGAUUGAAUUGUACUCGAUCGAAUUUUUCAAUAAGUUAGCCACUUGUCUAGGAAUGUCGACUGUCCGUCUUCUUCUCUCGUCAAUAUUACGGUCGGUAUAUAUUUAUUACAUAUAAUCGAUUUGAAAAGCAGUCUUAAAAAUUAAAAACGAAGAAUUCGUAUUUAUACGUAACAAUUAUAAUAUAUUUUAGCAACGAUCGUAAUUGCAGCCAUGAUGCUGUACGCGAUAUAUAAAGGAUAGAUAAAAGAUUUAAUAUGUAUUCGAGCAUUUAUUUAUUACGUGCAUCAUAGAAUAUGCAAUUACAAUUAAUUGCAGUAAAUUUGUAAGAUUAUCGUAAAGUAGAAAGAGUAAUCUUCUAACUUGUACGCAAACUUUGAAGAAUUACAUAUGUCUAUAUAUAUACAUA